CACAGGCAUACAGAGGUGCCGGGUAAUGUCGCUCUUCAGUCGGUAGCAUCAGUUCGUUGGAAUGAAGAUGGGUUCCGUUGCGCUCACGGUUCUCUCUAUGACUAUUGGGUUCUUUUUUAUAUUUGUUGGAACCCUAAAACUAACCCCGUCUGUGAACACAGAGGUUUACAAGGAAAUGAGGAGAAGCUUUAUUCGCAAUGCGAAAGUUUUUCCCUUUGUGAAGCAGACUGGCUGGAAGCCUAACCCUCAUGUGUACAGGAAGGUGAUUGGUACCUUGGAGGUGGUAUGUGGAGUAACGCUGGUCGUUAUUCCAGGGCCACUGAAAGACAUCGCAAAUGUAUUUCUACUGAUGGUAAUGUUAAAUGACAUUUACACCCACUAUGCCUUACAAGAGGGAUUGGACCGAAUGACCCCGGCUAUUGUCUUCUUAUUGUUGCUGGCUUGUCGUCUCGUCAUCCACAUACAGGUUAAGAGUAGAGACCGCAGAACUGUGUUUGACAAACAGAAGCCUUUCCCAGAGCGAGCAGAACCCACAGAGUCUAGCGGUGGAGACAAGAAACAACAGUAAACAUUACCAGAGACAUCAUUUGCUCUUAAACUUUGUUUUAGUUUUGUCUAACGUGUGGGCUAUAAGAUAUUUCUCAGAACGAUUAACACGUGUGAGGGAUGAAAAUUACUAACACCGAUUCGGGUAACCACAUUCAGCAGUUUAAGCUCACAAUAUCGUGUAUUAUGCAUUUCUUACCUUCCAAAAACAAAGUAGGCCUGCAGAUAUGCAGCCUGACAAGGAUAUUGUCAGACUUCAGGCUGAUAAUAAUGUAGAAACUGAGGACAAAUGAGGAUGUAUUUUCCAGAGUCUGAUCUGUACUGCUCAAUGCCUUAUCAUGAAAUAAAUUCAUUGGGCUGACAGUAGGUACACCUGGGGUUCUCCUUUCUGUUUGAUGUGUUUAAAGCCCGCUUUUUAAUAAUGUUUUACCUCCAGGAGACCAUAAGAUGAAGCCCUCUCUACCACUAGACUAAAGAGAAAUUCAUACCAACCUGUACUUAGAUAGUGCCUAUAUGCACGUUACACUAAUGAAAAAUGUUGAGGAAAAAUGCCAUGUAUUGAUUGGCUGGUAUCUUCAGUACUUUUGAGAAUUACACAACGUACUUCCGGAUGACAUUUUAUAUCUCUCUACAGUGUACACUUUAGUCAGAUAGAAAUGUAGGUAAUCCAUGUAUUACAUUAAAUUCAAACAUUUCAGAAUUUGUCUUCACAUUUGUAAGAAUGCUUCCCUUUGUAAAGUUUCGAGGUAUUUACAUGAAAAGGUAAUGUAAUUAUGUUACUGUUUAUGUGUAAAAAAAAAAAAACAAACAAACAUAAAACAGACAAUCAGAUAUCUUUUCUUUAUGCUAGGAUUGUGUUUUUGCUCAAAAUUUGGUGUGGCAUUGUUCGCUUAAUAUGUUUUAUGUUGAUGUUGUAGGACAGUUUUGUUUUGUAGAUAAACAAUAGUACUGUACAUAUAAUUUAUGAAUGGAAAUCCAAUCAGACUUUUUGCUGUGUAAAAAAUGUUUGUGUUAUGAAAAGUUGUAUUUUGUUUUCAUGUUUCCAGUAAACAUGUUGAAGGUUAAAUGUCAUGAAAUAGAUCAAGCAUAGGUGUUACUUUCAUGUAUGAUAGUGUAGCCAAGUUGCCUUAAGGCAUAAUGGGUAUACUUGUAGAGCAGUGAGACACAGGUAUGGACUAUCUUUUUUUCAGUUAUUUAGCUCUUCAUUCUUUCUCUCUCAUUUUGCAUGUAAACUAAGUACACUCUACAUGUCAGUUGAAGGUUUUGCUGUCAGGGGAAACAACACUGGUUUUCUCUUUUCUAAGCCUGGGACUUUUCUGUCUUUGAUAGGUCAAAGUGAAUUGUAGAAAACAAUACUCAUUUGACAAGUCAUUGUCAUCAUAAUAGUAUUUCUAAAUGCGCUGGUAUAUUUCUUUGAAUUUAUUUAUUUUGUUUUUUCUGGAUCAGGGAGUGGUAAGAGAUGUGGGGAUUUUGCUGUGUCAAAGUAUUUUACAGUUUCCUUAGCUUUUAGGGACAUAAUUUUUACAAUAGUCAUCAUAUUGUUGUAUAAUAUGUGAUCUGUUCUACUUGUUACCUCAGGUUGACUUUCUACCAAAUAUAGUUUUCCUGAUCUCUGUUUAUUAGCAGAAAUUGUUUCUGUGUUUUUAAUAUUACACAGUGCAUUUGGUAUUUAUUUUUUCUAAAGGUGUUCAGAACGUCUUUUUUUUUUUUGUUAUUUAUUUUUUUCUGUUAAAGUCUACUUUGCCGAUAUGUUUUCAUCAGCACAUGAUUCAGUAUUUUGUGAACUAUUUGUAUAGCUUUACUCAUAUCAUAUUUGUACAUGUACUUUGUAGUCAGUCUCAUAUGCAGAUUCAGGUUUCCAUUUUUCUUGUGACAUACAAACUUGUUAACAUAUCAUAAUAUUUGUCACCUUGUGAAUGGUGUAGUUUUGCAUGUAGUGUAAAUACUGUAGGUACAGUAGGCCUGUGUUACAAAGAAGUUACUACUUGUGCCUGACAACGUACAUGUACAUAUGUAGAGUGGAUGUUAAUACUGUGGCAUGUGUGCUUUGACACUGCACGGUUACUGAUUUGUGAAAUAGGCCACAGGAGUUCAUUCAGGUAGUCAUGCAGUAUUCAUUGCAUUUACAUGUUUUCAGGUGACUUGAAAUGUAUGUUUUACCUUGAAAUGUAUGUUUUAAGUUUUCCUCAAAAUGAUCUGAAUUGUUUGGAUACUUAGUUUAAAUAGCUUAAGCCAGUGAAUCCAAACCCAGUUUUUAAACCUGUAGCAUUGUGUAUGGACAUAAUACAAAUACCCCUUCAAGCCAUGUGUAGCCGUAGUAACUUAGUGUCAUUGGAAGAUUUAAUAGAAAAAUAUAAUAAUGCAUCAGUAAAUAUCAGACAUUUGUUUACAUCAUGGUUUUACGAGAAUCUGGCUGUUGUAAAUUUGGUUUUCCAGGUGUAUGUGAAAAUACCCUAGUAUACAUGUAGUGAUCAUGGUGAUAUGGAUGUACAGGUAUUUGUCCAUUGAAGAAAAAUUAAAACUUCACAACAGUAUAAUAGAUACUGGUUGAUCAGAACAUUCUCCAGUGUUGUCCAGCAAAUAGUAGUCAUUUGUACCAUACAUGCAGUUGAUGACAAUAGUUUGUUGUAUUUCGCCAUCUUUGAACAAGUGGAAACUGGGGUGAAGAUACUGUAAUUUUUCAACCUUUUCGUAUGAAUAUUCAAGCAUAUUCUGAUAACAUUACUCUGUGUAGACUGAUAACAUUACUCUGUGUAGACUGGUAACAUUACUCUGUAGACUGGUAACAUUACUCUGUGUAGACUGAUAACAUUACUCUGUGUAGACUGGUAACAUUACUCUGUGUAGACUGGUAACAUUACUCUGUGUAGACUGAUAACAAUGCACAUUUUGUGAAUCCCUGAAUAUGACUAAUCCAACCUAUGUAGUUUUGUCUCCAAAACAACUCAUAAAUGUGGAUAAAUUGCUCUUAAAUAUGCGAAAAGAUUUAGAAAUUAGGGUAAUAAGAGAUUCAUCUGUCUUAAUCUCGGGUUAAACCUGCAGAAAUGAUUCAGUUCUUAUGAAUUUAAUCAGAAAAUGUGCGAGCAGAAAGACUGUCUGUGAAGGGAGGGUUUAAAUGAAGAAAAAGAAAUCAUGUACUGUGGUGUGUACAUUGACUAACAAAAACUGUUGUCAGCAUUGUUAUAAUCAGCACCGGACUUGAUGAAGGUUGGUUAGACAUGGUGCUGUUCUUACAUGUAAGCUUUAGUCUACCUGACCUCUUAAAUUCAUGUACUUGUUGUAUUUUGGAUUACGUUGUAAAUACCACAGGCAUGUCAUCAUCACAGCUCUCAGAAACAACUCCAAAUAAUAUCAAUCAGCAUGAAUGAUAUAAAGAUGUGUUCAUUUGGUUGGAGAAAAAUCAACUGCCUGUCUCAGUACCUGUUCCAAUAUGCACCAUGGCUUUUUGUGGUUAAACAACAUACACCAACUACACCAGGAUAUGUUCUCAUUGAGAAAAUCAUUUGUUUUCAUAUUUGUCAAUAAACAUAUUCCAAAACAAAA